CUGGUGGCUGCUAGGUUGUGGGGAACCACUGGUGGGGAACUUCCUUGGGCACCCUUCUUUCCUUAGGGUGCUAUGGAGUUCCCAGAACACAGUCAGCAGCUGCUUCAGAGCCUGCGAGAGCAACGGUCCCAGGGUUUCCUUUGUGACUGCACUGUGAUGGUUGGUAGCACCCAGUUCUUGGCCCAUCGGGCUGUCCUGGCCUCCUGCAGCCCGUUCUUUCAGCUUUUCUACAAGGAGCGGGAAUUGGACAAGAGGGAUCUGGUGUGUAUUCACAAUGAGAUUGUCACUGCCCCAGCCUUUGGUUUGCUUCUGGACUUUAUGUAUGCUGGUCAGCUGGCCCUUAGAGGGGACACCCCUUUAGAAGAUGUUCUGGCAGCUGCCAGCUACUUGCACAUGAAUGAUAUCGUUAAGGUGUGUAAGCAACGGUUGCAAGCCCGGGCUCUGGCAGAGGCAGACAGUACCAAGAAGGAAGAGGAAAGCAAUCCUGCUAGUUUGGAGUUUUUGUCAGGCAGUUCUCGAGGACCCCAGCCUUUACUGGCAUCUGUGGAGCCUUCAGCCCGCUGGAGCAAAGAGGAAUGGAAGGGUCCAGCCACUCCCUUACCUAUUGCUCAUCCUGCAGAUGAGCCACCAGUGUCUGGUGGGGCUGACACUACACAACCGAGCAUGGAAGUUGACUCAUCUCAUCUUCGGGCACCCCUUCCAUCAGUGGCUGAUGUGUCUGUCUCUCUUGCCAGCCCCAGUAGUUCUACAGAGACUAUUCCUGUAAACUACUUCUCUUCUGGCCUUCCAGCAGUUUCCGUGGAGCCCUUGGCUCCUCUUGAUGUGGUUCCUGAGAGUCUGAGGGUGGUGGAACCUAGGGAUACUGUAGGACCAUUGCAGGGUUUCUAUCCCCCAGCCCCAGUUCCACCCCCUGCUCCGGCCCCAGCUGAAGCUGAACUUGUCCAGGUGAAAGUAGAAGCUAUUGUGAUCUCCGAUGAGGAGACUGACUUAUCAGAGGAACAGCCUCAGGGAGCUGAAGGGCUGUUCCCAUCUGGAGGAGCAAUGUAUGGGGGACAGCCUUCACAGCCAGAGGCUUUUGAGGAGCCAGGAGCAACAGGACUAGAGGAGGUAGGGCCAAGUGACCACUUCCUGCCUCCAGAAUCUCAUCUACCAUACCAUCUGCUGCCAGGUCCAGGGCAGUAUCAUCGAGGCCUGGUGACCUCACCCCUGCCUGCACCACCAGCCCUGCAUGAAACACUUUACCCGCCAUCUGAGUAUGAAGCAGCCCCAGGGAGCUUUGGGGGUUUUACAGAGGAUGUUCCCACCUGCAAGACAUGUGGAAAGACCUUCUCAUGUUCUUACACACUCCGGCGACAUGCCACAGUACACACACGUGAGCGACCCUAUGAGUGCCGCUAUUGUUUACGAAGCUACACACAGUCAGGGGACCUCUACCGCCACAUCCGCAAGGCUCACAAUGAGGACCUGGCCAAACGCAGCAAACCAGAUCCAGAGGCUAGCUCCAUUUUAGGGGUGCAGCCCCUUUCUGGCUCCCAGACAAUAGAGAGACAGAGCAGUGGUGGUGGUGGACCACCCAAAGAAUUUGUACUUGGUCCCAAAAAUUAACAUCUGGGGAACACGAACGGAUGCCAGGCCUGCUCUUACCAUUGUUAGAUGACCACAGAGAAGGUUGAAGGCAUCUCAUCACUCCUACUGGGUAGCAGAAUGAAGGUUCUUCCCAAGCUGAAGGUGUCUACUCCUUUGUCCAGACAGAUAAACAGGACAUUAUAGGGCAGAGCAGGUGAGCCAGGAUUCUCUAAGGGCACUGGGAAUUUUCCUGAGGUGUAACUUUUUCUCACUCCACAUUCUGGAACAUAAAACUGCCAGUGAAAUUAUCCCUUUGAACUGGUGUUGGCUGGUUUCUUCCACAAGUCUGCAUGCCUUUAUGUCUGUCCUCUAGUGCAUUUAUUUGACACCUGCAUUGGGUAAGCAUGUGAGUGAUUGCUUAUAAUAGGCAAAAAGUGAGACAAGGAAAGGGCAGCAUAGACUUAGCAAGAGUUCAAAUAGCAAUACUUACACACAGCUUACUGUAGUUGAACUUGU